AUGGGUCUAUGUGCUAGUAAAUCAAACAAUUUACAAAGGCAAUAAGCAAACAAUUUAAAUAAAUAAAUACUUGCUCAACCUAAUAAUAUUGAAGUGAACUAAACCAAUCCAACUAAAAAGGAAAGGGAAUAAAAAAUUGUCCAAUAUUAAGAAGUUAUUUUAAAAGUUUAAUAAGAAGCUAGAUUAGAUGAUGUAUUAUGUAAGUUAUGCUCAAAACAAAUAAACAAAGAUAAAUCCAUAAAAAUAGAACAAUGUGGUCAUUAUUUUGAUAUUAAUUGCUUUAUAUAUCAUUUUAAAGAAUAAAGAAUAUGUUGUCGUGGAUAAAAAAUAAAACUUAAUGAAAAAGUAUAUCCAAAACCUUAAGUUGAUGAAAUAAUGAAAAACCAGCUUAAAUAAAUAAAAUUUGGUGCUAAAAAAAGUGUUUAAUGUUCUACUUAAUAUUGUCCUUUUAUUUUCAUUUAUCAAAAAGAAUUGAAUAAAUCUUAAAGCAUGUCAUAUUUUUGUGACAAAUGUUCUUCAUACAAGUCAUAUGAUUAAGAAAUGUGCUAAUUUAUUAAAAAGUAAACAGCACAAAAAAAUGAAAAUGGUUCUGAUUAAUAAUCGAUUGGGAAUCAAUAAAAUAAAGUUCAUAAUAAUUGUUCCUAAAUCGAACAUUAAAAUGCUUAAACAACUCUUCCUUGUAAUCAUAAAAAAUGUAAAGAAUGCUUAUUUUAAGAAUUUAAAUAAAAUUUAAAAGCUUAGUGUGAUUGUGGAAAAAACUAUUCAACAAAUAUUUUUAAGAGUUAAAAAAGAAAUGAAUUAUAAGAGAUUUAUGAUAAAUAACUUGAACAGAUUAUGUAAGGAACAAAUCUAAGUUGGUAAUUUUGUAGAUAAAAUUGUGGAUUCUUUUAUAACAAUUAGGAUACAAAUAAUAAAUUUUCUUAUUGUAUAAAAUGUGAUGAAAUUAAAGUAUGUUACAAAUGUAAAUAUGAAUUAUUUUCUGAAUAUAUUGCAAUACCAGAAUGCAAUCACAAUUAUCAUUUAAUAUGUUCAAUUGAAAUAUUGAUGAACAAUAAACUUAAAGAUUUAAGUUGUUGUUGUGGUACAAUUUUAGAUAUUAAUACAAAGAAAUCAUUAAAUAUUAAAUGUCUUAAAUGUAAUGAGUAUGAUGAUAAUUUGAUGAUGUUAGAAUGUUUUCAUUUCAUUCAUAAAAAAUGCCGGAAUUUAGAAUAAUCUGAAUGUUAAAUUUGUAGAGUUCCCUUUAAUUAAUAAAUUAUAGACAAGUUAAUAUAAAAAAGUGUCAGAUAAGAUAAUUAUCAAAAAUUAAAUUGA